AUGUUGUUCUCAAACCCAUUUCGUUCCGACUCCGAAUCUGACGACACAAACACCGCCCUUCCAUAUUCUUACAGACCCCUGUCGGAUGAAACCGGACCCACCGUCGCUCCUGCCAAAGGCCGGCGACCCAUCAGGGUAAUAGUCCUGUUAUUGACUGGGUUGCUGGCGGUUGGUUUGUUGGUGGCCUUAAUGAGUGGAGAUGGAUUGGCUUCAAAUGGUGGAAGUGAGAUGGUUUCGGCGUCAGUUUCAACGACAAAUAUGUCGACGUCGCCGGGGAGGAUAAAGCCGGUAGCUCGGGGGAUAAAGGAAGGUGUCUCCGCGAAGUCUUUUGUUCCAUUGUUGGGCGUGCCUCAAUUUCCAUGGACCAGAGAAAUACCCCUGUCGGAUGAAACCGGACCCACCGUCGCUCCUGCCAAAGGCCGGCGACCCAUCAGGGUAAUAGUCCUGUUAUUGACUGGGUUGCUGGCGGUUGGUUUGUUGGUGGCCUUAAUGAGUGGAGAUGGAUUGGCUUCAAAUGGUGGAAGUGAGAUGGUUUCGGCGUCAGUUUCAACGACAAAUAUGUCGACGUCGCCGGGGAGGAUAAAGCCGGUAUCUCGGGGGAUAAAGGAAGGUGUCUCCGCGAAGUCUUUUGUUCCAUUGUUGGGCGUGCCUCAAUUUCCAUGGACCAGAGAAAUGUUGGCUUGGCAAAGAACUGCUUUUCAUUUUCAACCAAAAAAAAACUGGAUGAAUGGUAUGUGCUUCAUAUUUCAUGCAAUCUAA